GCUCUCCCUGUCUCUCGCACUCUCGCUCGCUCUCGCUCGCUCUCUCUCGCUCGCUCUCCCUUUCCCGUCUCUGUGGUUUGUAAGGUAGGUUGCAGUGUGUGUAUAUACACAACAUCAAGAGCAGGAAAAUGGACUCAUUAGGGAGGCAGGCAGUCAUUACCACUCACACUGUACUUCCAGGGAGACAGCGACUAUGAGGAGACAAACUGAGGACUGGGGAACAAGCAGCAUAAGAAAGAAGUGUUGAGAGCUGCUCUUAACCCUUUUGGAGGCCAAAGUCAAAAGGGAACUAGAGGGCUUGACGCAUCCUUUACAUCCUGCAUUUACUCUGACCACAGUCCCUCCCUGUUCUCACGAGCGGAGCUCAGCCCUGCUUCCCUUCCUGUUGAUUCCCAGUCAGCUACAUGACUGCCUGAAGUUACAUUGUAGAUGCUGAAAUCACUGCACCUUAAAAACAAAAAGAUUAAGCCACACUGCAUUCCUGUCACUUUGUGAACCAGAGAGAGGGCUGCUAAGAAUCCCAAGGAAGGAGGAGAGCCAGAUCUCUGCUCAGCAUAGAGAAGAAUGCUGGAAUUUUUGGACUGUGCAUCUGUUUAGGCACGUGGAGAAAGACAAGACUGAGAUCAUCAGUGGUUGGCAGUUUUCCUCAACUUUGCGAGAGAGAGAGAGAUUGUGUUGGAAUGAAACCUUGCUCUGCGUACAGCCUGCUUGAGAUGCAACAUUGAAAGAUCACUCACAAUCAGUUUGUGGCCUUUCUCUGGAGGAACCUUUCCUUGUCUCUUGUACACAGCCGCUCUCUGUUCCCUGCCCCAAUGAACGUCUGCACUAGGUCCAAGGCUUGGAGUAAUUUACCUGAAGAGUGAUACCAUUUGGAAACCACUGAAGAAACCCAAGACAGCUGAAAACCAGAAGGCGUCUGAGGAGAAUGAGAUUACUCAGACGGGUGCAUGCAGCGCCAAGCCGGGCCUUCCCUGCCUGAACCUUGAAGCUGUUCCUUCUCUGAGCCCAGCCCUCAUCCACUCUCCACAUUCACCAACAAACCUGCACGCACACACAGGGUCAUCUGAUUGUAACAUCAGUUGCAAGGGGAUGACAGAGCGCAUUCAUAGCAUCAACCUUCACAACUUCAGCAAUUCUGUGCUCGAGACCCUCAACGAGCAGCGCAACCGUGGCCACUUCUGUGACGUGACGGUCCGCAUCCACGGGAGCAUGCUGCGUGCCCACCGCUGUGUGCUGGCGGCUGGCAGCCCCUUCUUCCAGGACAAGCUGCUGCUGGGCUACAGCGACAUCGAGAUCCCCUCAGUGGUGUCAGUCCAGUCUGUGCAAAAGCUCAUUGACUUCAUGUACAGCGGGGUGCUGCGGGUCUCCCAGUCAGAGGCCCUCCAAAUCCUCACAGCCGCCAGCAUCCUGCAGAUCAAGACUGUGAUUGAUGAGUGCACAAGGAUUGUCUCACAAAAUGUGGGCGAUGUCUACCCAGUGAUUCAGGAUUCUGGCCAAGAGACGCCCAGGGGAACACCUGAAUCAGGCACCUCGGGGCAGAGCACUGACACGGAGUCUGGCUACCUGCAGAGCCAUUCACAGCACAGUGUGGACAGGAUCUAUUCAGCCCUCUAUGCCUGUUCCAUGCAAAAUGGCAGUGGGGAGCGCUCGUUUUACAGUGGAGCUGUGGUCAGCCACCAUGAGACAGCCCUGGGACUCCCCAGGGACCAUCACAUAGAAGACCCCAGCUGGAUUACCCGGAUCCAUGAACGGUCGCAGCAGAUGGAGCGGUACCUGUCCACCACUCCAGAGACCACACACUGCCGGAAGCAGCCCCGCCCUGUCCGAAUCCAAACCCUGAUGGGCAACAUCCAUAUUAAACAGGAGAUGGAGGAUGACUAUGACUACUAUGGCCAACAGAGGGUGCAGAUCCUUGAGCGCAAUGAGUCUGAGGAAUGCACUGAGGACACUGACCAAGCAGAAGGCACUGAGAGCGAGCCCAAAGGGGAGAGUUUUGACUCGGGUGUCAGUUCCUCCAUUGGCACUGAGCCUGAUUCCAUGGAGCAGCAGUUUAUAGCUGGUCUGGGCCGGGAUGGGCAGCAAGAACCUACUCAAGCAGAUCAAAAUGAUGUCCCUGCUGAUGGCACUCAGCCGCAGCAGCAGCAGCAACAUGUAGAUGCCAACUCUUCCUCACCAGAGAGAAGCAAUGACGUUGAAAUGGACAGCAAAGUGCUCACAGUCAAUAACAGCACCGAAAAGGGGGCUUUGCAGCCUUCUGUCAACACAUCUGUUGCCCAACCAUUGCCAACCACACAGAUCUACUUACGCCAGACAGAAACCCUCACCAGCAAUCUGAGGAUGCCACUGACUCUGACCAGCAACACUCAGGUCAUUGGCACAGCUGGCAACACCUACCUGCCUGCCCUUUUCACCACGCAGUCUGCUGGCAGUGGCCCUAAGCCUUUUCUCUUCAGCCUGCCCCAGCCUUUAGCUGGCCAACAGACACAGUUUGUGACAGUGUCCCAGCCCGGCCUGUCAACCUUUACUGCCCAGCUGCCAGCCCCGCAGCCCUUGGCCCCAUCUGCGGGCCACAGCACAGCGGGUGGGCAAGGCGAAAAAAAGCCUUACGAGUGCACUCUCUGUAACAAGACUUUCACCGCCAAACAGAACUACGUCAAGCACAUGUUUGUACACACAGGUGAGAAACCACACCAAUGCAGCAUCUGUUGGCGCUCCUUCUCUUUAAAGGAUUACCUAAUCAAACACAUGGUGACACACACUGGCGUGAGGGCCUACCAGUGCAGCAUCUGCAACAAGCGCUUCACCCAGAAGAGCUCCCUUAAUGUGCACAUGCGUCUCCACCGCGGGGAGAAGUCCUACGAGUGCUACAUCUGCAAGAAGAAGUUCUCCCACAAGACCCUGCUGGAGAGGCAUGUGGCUCUGCACAGUGCCACCAACGGCACGCCUGGAGCCGCCGGCACCGGCGCGAGGGCUGUCCCCGCCGGCGUGGUGGCCUGCACGGAGGGGACCACGUACGUCUGCUCUGUCUGUCCAGCUAAGUUUGACCAAAUCGAGCAUUUCAACGACCACAUGAGGAUGCAUGUGUCAGACGGAUAAGUAGAAUCUCUCUCUCUCUCUUUGUUAUGAACAACAAAAAUAGAAACAACAAAAAAAGCUAUGGCACUAGAAAUUAAGAAAUUAUUUUUGUUUCAUUUUUACCUUUAUUUUCCUCCUUUUUUUUGGGUUCAUUUCGUUUUGUUGUUUUUUGUACUACAUGAAGAACUGUUUUUUGCCUGCUGGUACAUUACAUUUCCGGAGGCUGGGUGAAUAAUAAUUUUCCCAGCCUCCCUCGGAUGGUGGCCUUAAGGCCAGGUAGUGCUUCAUGAGCUCCACUGGUUGGAUCUCUAGCUACUGGCCUCUAAAUACAACCCUUCUUUACUACAAAAAGCAAACAACAAAAAAAAAAAAAAAAACACCACAAAAAAAUUUUAAAAAACAGACAAAAAUAAUUAAAAAAAAUCUUUUUUCUCACUUGUGAAGAGCACUACAAAUAAAGAAACAAAACAAAAUAUAUUACAAAUCUACAAGGCCUACUGUCAUUAUAAGUACACCGCUUGCAGUGUUUCAAUGGACAUGAUUCACAUUGCUGACCGCUUUUGGACUUCACAGUAUCCAGUUAGAACUGUGGAAUAUUUUGCUUCUGGUUGAGCAGCAACCAGAGGAAACAAGGCCCUGCUGGUUUCCACCACGUGUCUGCUUUCGCACACACACACGCAUCCACAAACACACAGAAAGGGCUGAGGGGAAUGCAAGGCAGUGUGGCUUGGAUAGUGUGGAGUCCCUGCAGGAUGAGGAAAAAGAAUCAGAGGUUCCUCACCUGGAUUCUGCUCCAUGCCUCGCUGUCCAGCACACCCUCCCCGCUGCUUUUCUCGUACCACCACCACCUUAUAGCAGAAACCAAGAAGAUUCAGACAACGAGCAACGGUGGCUUUUUUGUAAUUUAUUCAGUGUCUUCGCUGAGCACAGGGCCUCAGCACAAUCAAGAGGGACUUUCACAGAAGGCAAAGAGAAACACAGAGGAAAAUCAAAGAUAUCAGAGGUUGCAACCUAUGGAUCUAGGUACAAGAGAAGGGUUAGUUCCCACAAUCUUUGCAAAAAAAAAAAAGUUGCAUCAGGAUUUAUUCUUGUGGA